GCACCUCCCGAUUUUCCGCGGCUCUAUAAGGAGUCGCGCUUCGGUAGCCGGGGAGCUGGAGGGGAACCUGAUUUGAGAUCAAUUCUUGGAGAACACAAAGAAGUGUGGUGGUAUGUUCCAGGCUUGAACCAGCUGCCCUUUGACCCUGCCAACAACAACGAGCCCCUGCAGUUUGGUAGUGCCAGUGGCCCUCUGGUCACAGAAGGCCUCAUUGAGAAUGGAGGGGAGUCAAGCAAGAAAAGAAAGAGAACAAAUGCUCCUUCAGCUGAUAAUAGUAGAACUCUGAAUGUGGAUUCAACUGCAAUGACUCUACCUAUGUCUGAUCCAACUGCAUGGGCCACAGCAAUGAAUAAUCUUGGAAUGGCACCACUGGGAAUUGCUGGACAACCAAUUUUACCUGAUUUUGAUCCUGCUCUUGGAAUGAUGACUGGAAUUCCACCAAUAACUCCAAUGAUGCCUGGCCUAGGAAUAGUACCUCCUCCAAUUCCACCAGAUAUGCCAGUAGUAAAAGAGAUCAUUCACUGUAAAAGCUGCACACUCUUCCCUCCAAAUCCAAAUCUUCCACCUCCUGCAACCCGAGAACGACCACCAGGAUGCAAAACAGUAUUUGUGGGCGGCCUGCCUGAAAAUGGGACAGAGCAGAUCAUCGUGGAGGUAUUUGAGCAGUGUGGAGAGAUCAUUGCUAUUCGGAAGAGCAAAAAAAACUUCUGUCACAUUCGCUUUGCUGAGGAGUACAUGGUGGAUAAAGCCCUUUAUCUUUCUGGUUACCGCAUUCGCCUGGGCUCUAGCACUGACAAAAAAGACACAGGCCGGCUUCACGUUGAUUUUGCGCAGGCUCGAGAUGAUCUGUAUGAGUGGGAAUGCAAACAACGGAUGCUAGCAAGAGAGGAACGCCACCGCAGAAGGAUGGAAGAAGAAAGGUUGCGCCCACCAUCCCCACCUCCAGUGGUCCACUAUUCUGACCAUGAAUGCAGCAUUGUUGCUGAAAAACUAAAAGAUGAUUCCAAAUUCUCAGAAGCUGUGCAGACCUUGCUCACCUGGAUUGAGCGAGGAGAGGUGAACCGUCGCAGUGCCAACAACUUCUACUCCAUGAUCCAGUCGGCCAACAGCCACGUCCGUCGCCUGGUGAACGAGAAAGCUGCCCAUGAGAAAGACAUGGAGGAAGCAAAGGAGAAGUUCAAGCAGGCCCUUUCUGGAAUUCUCAUUCAAUUUGAGCAGAUAGUAGCCGUCUACCAUUCCGCCUCCAAACAAAAGGCUUGGGACCACUUCACAAAAGCCCAGCGUAAAAACAUCAGCGUUUGGUGCAAACAAGCUGAGGAAAUUCGCAACAUACAUAAUGAUGAAUUAAUGGGAAUCAGGCGAGAAGAAGAAAUGGAGAUGUCUGAUGAUGAAAUCGAAGAAACAACAGAAAGAAAAGAAACUGAAGAAUCAGCUUUAGUAUCACAGGCAGAAGCUCUGAAAGAAGAAAAUGACAGCCUCCGUUGGCAGCUAGAUGCCUACCGGAAUGAGGUAGAACUGCUCAAGCAAGAACAAGGCAAAGCCCACAGAGAAGAUGACCCAAACAAGGAACAGCAGCUGAAACUCCUGCAGCAAGCCCUGCAAGGAAUGCAACAGCAUCUACUGAAAGUCCAAGAGGAAUACAAAAGGAAAGAAGCUGAACUGGAAAAAAUCAAAGAUGACAAGUUACAGGUGGAAAAAAUGCUGGAAAAUCUCAAAGAAAAGGAAAGCUGUGCCUCUAGACUGUGUGCAUCGAGCCAGGAUAGUGAUUACCCUCUGGAGAAGACUCUGAACAGCUGUCCUGUCAAAUCUGAACGCGAAGCCCUGCUAGUGGGAAUUAUCUCCACAUUCCUUCAUGUCCACCCGUUUGGAGCAAGCAUUGAAUAUAUCUGCUCCUACUUGCACCGUCUUGAUAAUAAGAUCUGUACCAGUGAUGUGGAAUGUCUCAUGAGCCGACUCCAGCACACCUUCAAGCAGGAAAUGACUGGAGUGGGAGCCAGUCUGGAGAAGAGAUGGAAAUUCUGUGGCUUUGAGGGCUUGAAACUGACCUGAAUCCCUUUGCUUAACAACCUGGGAUCCUGAAAAUACAUGUGUGUUGGACAAGCUUUUAGAAAGUGAUUUGUAUUUUCAAUGCUUUUCAAGUGGAAAUUGCUUUAAAUUUGUCAAUUCAUUCCUGGAAUCUCUUUUGAGUUAAAAUAAGGAUCCUAGAACAGCACUCCGAGCUACAGGCCCUAUAAAGAAGUCGACUUAAACCUCAAGUGCUGUAACUUCCUC